UUGUCGAGAGUGGCCGCGACACUAAGCUCGCGACCAUCGCUACGCGCGCCUUCUUCGGGGACUGUGCGACCACCUGUGAUAUACGACCAGUGAAAAGUUCAUGAACUGGGUGUUGAAAUUGUUUGAACUAUCACACGUGACGCUUACAUUAAACCGAUCCAGAUCACCUUGAUCCCUUUGGACGACGGCGGUUACUGGGUAGCGGUUGUGAAUCUCACAGAUAACGAAUGUUGCCACGGCCCGAGAAUACAAUGCGGCUUUUAAUAAGUUUAGUGUUAGUGGUGUGUGCUGCUGAAGCCGCGAAAAAGUUUGAGGGGUCGCUAAGAUCGGCGGCGGAAGCGCCACCACAAGAUAAUAUCGCCGUAGAAUCAGCGUCUCCGGAACCUUCGGUGGUUGUGGCACCCCAGGAUUAUAAAAACCCUGGACCGCCUCCUCCUCUAAAGGCAUCAACUGAAGCGCCAGAAGCACCAGCUCUAGUACCAGAAACAGCGUCUGGAGGAGUACCACCUUCCGCGCCCAGUGGUGUCUCAGCACCUUCUGCCCCAGCCAACUCUCUUGAAGAAUGUGACCCAGAAAUGAUUGGAUUUGAACUUGUUACUGGGUAUGUGUUCUCGGCGCCGUCGCACAUUCUAGACGACAUCCCCGGCACUCUGAUGUUGACCGACUGCCUGGAGCAAUGUCAGGCCAACGACACCUGCCGUGCCGUCAACUACGAGACCGGACUGUGCGUACUCUUCAGCUCUGACGCAGACCAGUUGCCUGGUGCCUUGACGAAGUCGCAAUUCCCUGUGUUUACAAUCUACGCGCAGAAGUCAUGUCUUGGAGUGAGGCCUUGCGAGCGAGCGUGGUGCUUCGACCGAGUCCGUGGAUAUCAUUUGAAAGGACGAGGCAAGAAGACCCAUAUCGUUGGAUCUAGGCAGAUGUGUCUCGAUCUCUGCCUUGGAGAAAACGAAUUCGUUUGCAGAUCGGCGAACUACAAUAAUAAAACCGGAGAGUGCGUAUUGUCUAAUAUGGACCGUAUCACGCUAGCUGGAACUAACUUCUUCCAACCAAACGAAGACACUGACUACUUGGAGAACAACUGCGUAGAAGAGCCAACGAAAUUAUGCGAAUUCAAAAAAAUGGGCGGACGUAUUUUAAAAACCGUAGACUCGGUGUAUCAAGACGUACAAACGGUUGAAGAGUGCAGAGAGCUCUGUCUAAACUCUCCUUUCCGUUGCCACUCAUACGAUCACGGUGACACCGGUGACCAUGUGUGUCGCCUUUCUCAUCACUCCCGUGCAACCCUUGCUGACAUCCAGGAUCCUUACUUGGAAGUACCCGAAGCGGCUACUUUCGAAUUGUCGUCUUGUUACAAUGUGUCUAUCGACUGUCGCGCCGGCGACAUGGUAGCACGAAUUCAGACCUCCAAGCUAUUCGACGGCAAAAUCUACGCUAAAGGAAGUCCUAACUCUUGCGUGGUGGAUGUGAAACAGAGUUUGGAAUUCGAGUUGCACAUGGGUUACAACAAUAUCGAAUGCAAUGUUAAACAAAACGGACUUGGCAGAUACUUAAACGAUGUCGUUAUCCAGCACCACGACACUAUCGUCACUUCCUCUGAUCUCGGUCUAGCGGUUACAUGCCAGUAUGAUUUGACAAACAAGACCGUAGCAAAUGAGGUCGACCUGGGAAUUCAUGGUGAUAUCCACACUAGCCUCUCGGAGGAGGUAGUCAUCGACUCCCCCAAUGUAGCUAUGAAAAUUACAGAUAGAAGCGGAGACGACACUAUCGCUUCUGCUGAAGUUGGCGAUCCUUUGGCCCUCAAAUUUGAAAUCAUGGAUCCCAACUCUCCAUUUGAAAUCUUUGUCCGAGAACUGGUUGCUAUGGACGGCGUCGAUUCCAGUGAAAUUACUCUUAUUGAUAGCGACGGUUGUCCCACAGACCACUUCAUUAUGGGUCCUCUGUUUAAAUCAGCGCCGAGCGGAAAGAUGCUGUUGUCGCAUUUCGAUGCGUUCAAAUUCCCUUCGUCCGAAGUGGUACAGUUCCGAGCUUUGGUGACACCCUGUAUGCCUACAUGUGAGCCUGUUCAGUGCGACGGUGGCCCGAACGAGCUACGCUCCGUUAUGUCCUAUGGCAGAAGAAAGAGACGUUCAUCCCCAGCUGCACCUACUGAAGACAUGCUGCUGGUGCAAACGAUUCAGAUUACUGACAAAUUUGGCUUCGACAAGCAACGUGCGAAGAAUGUAACUGAAGAUUCAGUGUUCGUCAGAGAGACCGACGUCACCUGUGUGAAUGCAGCGGGUGCCAUGCUCGCAGCUGCUGCUUUCCUGGCAGCACAACUAGUCGUGCUUGCAGCGUGGACCUGCAGUUGGCAACGACGACGCGCGGCUGCAAAGGCAGCUGAGCUUCUUCCUGGGCCUAACGCUCCGUCCGCUCUCUGCAAAGUCUAUGAUGCCAGUUUCUCCCGUGCUCACCAGAGGCAUUUCUGAGUGAUUGUGGGGUGUCGACGUGAUCAGUGUACGCAAUAGUAGUUUAUUUCAGUAGAUUAAAAACCCCCAUCGAGUCCCGUCUCUACAAAACGUCGUCGUCAGAAGCGACGUUCAUAAAGUUAAGAGCAUGGAUGCCGAUAGCGGUUUUGUAUGUGUAGUGUCCAAGCGCACCCGCGUCAUGCGCUACGUACGGGCGAAACGCAGGUGCGCGCGACACGGAGAAGGGGACGACCACAAGAGCGUGCGCGACUGUGGAUGGAUGCGAGGGCCGGUGCGCUGAGUUUCCGCCUGUGUGUGUAUGUAAUGUGUGACAACGCUCGCUUGUCCCCAUCUCCGGCGUCGUCCGCGGGGUCGUGGCCGUGAGUCGUUAUCGAGAUCACGUCGCUCAUUCGUUCACUUUACGCUCGGACGUCCACUUCAGCGGAAGUCCGUAAUCGUAUUGUACCAUAUUUUUUUAAAGUAGAGUAAGCCUGAUUUUAAUGAUAGUGCUAAGUAAAAAGUAACAAUUUAGUACCUUUUAAGUAGAUACCCGAACGUGCGACCUAAGUCAAGAGACGAUGGAUUGACGGCCGUCCCGACAUCGUAAUUUAUUUAAUUUAGAGUAGUUUCUUUUUUACAUAAUUUAUGUUUGAGAAUCGAAUUAUACCUAUUUAAUAAAUUCCUAAUAUAAAUAAAUACCUAAACGAAUAGUAAGCUUUUGAUCUUUGCAGUUUAAUUGCAUCUUCAACAAUGUGUACUGAACGUAUUAUUUUCAUUUAUACUC